AUGGACAGCUUCCAGCAGAAAUCUGACGAGGACUGGUUUUACUCCACUGUUAGAAUGCAGCUCAGCCAGGACGGUCCCAUCAUGGUGAAGAGGAGCUCUGCCAGGGGACAAGGAUGUCUUCCAGUGCUCAUGGAGGUCACACCUGUCACCUGUGUGAAGCAGCAGGUGAUCAGAGCUAAAGCACUGUGUCUGAGUGUUCUGUUUGAACCAGGGCUCAGUGAUAGUGAUGUAAGGUCAGACCCAGAGGAAGAGAAGCUGCAGGAACAGAGCGUAGUCAUGGCGUUUCUGUACAAAUGCUUUGACCACCCCGAUACCCCCACCACAUCCCCUCCCUCCACGGCCACAGGUUUCACCGGACGACUGAACGUCACGUCAUGUCGCUCCGACUACAACCCUCAUCUCCUCGACAGGGGUGUCCCUCCCCAUCAGACCAGGGUGGAUGUUGGUGCAUCGCCUGAAAGCAGGAGAUGGUGCAGAAUGUCAUGGCUUCACUGCCUCUUCUUCAUGCUUGUUUUGGGAGCAUUUUUAUUUUUCUUCAACACAAAUGUGAAAGGACAACCCGACUGGAGCUCUCAAGGAUGGACAAACCAGAACGUGAAAAAAUGGUGGAUUCCAUACCAGAGACCAGCACCCUCUGGUGUCAGAUUCACCACAAAGGAUGUCUCGCCAACAACAGAGUUGAUCACGACUCCUAAGAACACUACUAUCCCACCAACCCCGCCCCCCUAUAAACCUUCAGGACCGUACUUUGUGGAGUACCCCUACAAGUACCACUUCAUCAUCAAUGAGCCACACAAAUGUGUGCAGCAGAAACCCUUCCUGGUUCUUAUUGUUCCCGUGGCGCCCAACAACAGGGCGCACCGUGACAUCAUCCGCAGCACGUGGGGAAGUGAGCGCCUGGUGAUGGACAAAAUUGUGGAGCUGUUCUUCCUGCUGGGGCAGCAGAGCGGAGAGGGUACAGAACAGCUUCAGGAACAGCUACUGCAGGAGAGCAGAGAGCACCGAGACCUGAUCCAGAGCAACUUCACAGACUGCUACAAGAACCUGACCAUCAAGACCAUGGUGAUGCUGGAAUGGCUGGACUCGUACUGCUCUGGCUCCUCGUACGCCAUGAAGAUCGAUUCAGACGUGUUUCUGAAUUUGCCCAAACUCAUCAGCAUGCUGCAAAACGCCCCAAAGACAAACUACCUGACCGGACAAGUGGCAAGAGAAAUCCCUGUCCUGAGAGACAAAAGAUCCAAGUGGUACAUCCCGGCGUCUGUCUACCCCCAUCCCUAUUACCCACCGUAUGCUUUCGGCCUGGGCUACGUUUUCUCUUUGGACCUUCCUAAAAAGCUUGUGGAGGCUUCCAAGUUCGUCAGAGCUCUCUACAUUGAAGACGUGUAUUUAGGGCUGUGUAUGCAGUACCUACACAUCCCCCCCACGGACCCUCCAGGCUGGGGCUACUUUCAUAGCAUUCCAGUGAGGUACAGCCGCUGUGCAUACUCCAAACUAAUAGCCACCACAACAGAUCAAUACCUGGAUCGUAUGUGGGCUUGGAAACACUUUAAAAAACCUGGACCACACUGCAGAACCUAUAUAGGCAGAUAUCAGGGCUUCAAUGUUCAUUUGAAAUGA